UAACUCCAAACUGUCGUGAAUGUUAAUUUCAUCUGUUCAGUACCGUGAGUGACUGCGCGGACGCCGGCUGGCCGACAACAUGGCCGACACACGCGCUUGACAUUUCUCUUUUUUUUUUUUAUUCGUGUCACAGUUUCAUUAUACACGGAUAUAUCGGACGGUAUUAAAGAUGGGUUGCGCCAGAAUUUUCGCUGCGUUACGCCGCUGCAAACAACUUGAGGAGGGCGAGAUCACGACCCAGCUGUCUAGGUGCCUCGGUCUCCUGGACCUGACGGCCCUGGGAGUGGGCAGCACCCUCGGUCUGGGCGUCUAUGUGCUGGCCGGUGCCGUAGCUAAAACCGUCGCAGGUCCAGCAGUUACCCUGAGCUUUCUUGUUGCAGCUAUUGCCUCUGCGUUUGCAGGCUUAUGCUACGCCGAAUUCGCGUCUAGAGUUCCAAAAGCCGGCUCCGCGUACGUGUACAGCUAUGUGAGCGUCGGUGAAUUCAUAGCGUUUACGAUCGGCUGGAACCUCAUCUUGGAGUAUGUCAUAGGAACGGCCAGCGUGGCGAAGGGCAUGGCCAAUUACAUAGACAGUCUCUGUAACAACACUAUGGCCGAGACCAUGACGCGCAUCGCCCCUAUAAACGUCUCUUUCCUGGCGGAUUAUCCGGACAUAUUCGCCUUCACACUCGUACUCCUCAUAACCAUUCUCCUCGGUAUCGGAGUGAGCGAGUCAACUAAACUGAACAAUGUAUUCACCGCACUCAACAUGGUCACCGUCAUAAUCGUCGUAGUUGCGGGUGCUAUUAAAAGUGACCCAGCCAACUGGCGCAUCGAUGUACAGGAAAUACCAGAGGAGUAUCGUGACAAGGCCGGCGGUGGAGGGUUCAUGCCGUGGGGGAUGGCGGGUGUCAUGGCUGGAGCAGCGAAGUGCUUCUUCGGCUUCGUAGGCUUCGACUGCGUGGCGACAACGGGCGAAGAAGCCAAAAACCCCAAAAGAGACAUUCCACUCUCCAUAGUCUUGUCUCUCGUGAUUAUUUUCGUAUCAUACUUCAGUAUAGCCACCGUCUUAACUAUGAUGUGGCCUUACUAUUUACAGGACGCCGACGCUCCCUUCCCGCACGUGUUCGACGAGUCCGGGAUGCCGGUCAUCAAAUGGAUUGUAACGAUAGGGGCUGUGUUUGCUCUCUGUACCAGUCUGUUGGGCGCUAUGUUCCCUUUACCGAGGGUCCUGUACGCCAUGGGCUCGGACGGUGUUCUGUUCAAGCCGCUAGCUGUUAUUCACAAGAGAACCAAAACGCCGUUACUGGCGACCGGGUUGAGUGGAUUGUUUUCAGCUGUGAUGGCGGCCAUCUUUAAUCUGAACCAGCUGAUAGAUAUGAUGUCUAUCGGGACGUUGCUGGCUUAUACAAUUGUUGCUACAAGCGUAUUAAUUCUAAGAUAUGAAGAGGAGCAUCCGUUGACGGUCAAAGACAAAUCAUUAAGAGUAGGAGGACCGCGAGCGACUAUCCUGCAGACUUGCAACUUGCUGGGUCUCAAACACCCCACGGAACUGUCCGCCACCAUCGCCAAGUGUACCAUCGGGAUAUUUUUCGUGUGUAUGUUGGUGUGUUGUGUCGUGAUGCAAUGGUCUUCAAGUGUGGCGGUGUGGAGCGCGAUAGGGGCCGUCCUGCUGGUACUGCUCGUUGUACUCUACCGGCAGCCUCGCGCUGACGUCAAACAACUUAGCUUCAAGGUGCCGCUGGUGCCGCUAGUUCCUUACCUCAGCGUGUGUAUGAACCUGUACCUCAUGGCGCAACUCGACUACCAGACUUGGGUCCGCUUCAUCUUAUGGCUGGUUAUAGGCUACGCUAUUUACUUCUUCUAUGGUCUUCGCAACAGUACCCUGAGAGAGAAGAAGCUGCCAGUCAUGAACGGAAAUGGAGUCCAUGUGAAGCAAAUCGUCACCAAAUUUUGACGAAACGUUCUGAAUUUACUCUAAUGUGACGUAAAGACGCAUCAGUCUAUAGAUAUUAUGGUUUAUAGUUGUGAUAUUACCGAUAGAUGAAUUAGUUGUAGAACACCUCGGUCUAGAGUUUAGGAACGACCUAGUUUUGUCUAGACAGUGGCCGAAAGCUAGAAUAAUGUAACUAGCUCGUUAAAGCCAGUGCUUGCUCAAAAGAUUCAUUUUAUUCGGUACAUAUUAAAUCUGUAUAAUAUGACAAAUUAUAUUGACUUAUUUUCUAGAAUUCAUUUUUAAAACAUUUCAAGAUAGCUUUAGUGUUACACAAUAAUCUUAGACUUAAUAUAAAUUGCGUCUUAAGUAUAAAAAAACACACUACACAUAUAUUUGUUGUCAUCCGUCCGUCUCAUAACAUGCAACGAUGAAAAUCAAAUAGCUUUCUAAUAAAAUUUAUUUAAAUUAAAUCUAAAUUGUAUACAGACAGACAAUGUACGUACAUCAAAAUUUUUUAUUUUUAUUUAUCACAUGAAACCUAUUUUUCCUGCUGUGUGGAAGUUUCAUUGUAAAAAAAAUAUUAAAUGGAAAUGUGUUAAAAUGUAUAUAAAUGAAACAAUAACAUGAUUCUGUGAUAACACUUAGUCCGUAAUGAAAACAUUCCAAGAUAUAUAAAAUGUUAUUUACAAACGUUGUCAUUGUUUAAUAUAAAAAAAAUUAAUGAAGAUAUUAGUUUUAAGGAACAGACUGUGAUUCAAAUGAAUUGUAAACGAAUUCCCAUUAUUUUAUUUGUUAAAAUCGUAAUAAAAAUUAUUAUUUGUGAACUUUU